CCCUCCAUGGCCGCCGACGUCGAGGCCGCCAAGCCGCCGCCGACCCAGGGCGGGCGAAGCACUCUGCCGGGCAGCGCGCGCACGAGUCUGAGCCGCAGCCGCAGCCAGCGCAGCAACGGCGACGGCGACGACGCCUCCGAGUUCCCCUGGGGCCCGCUGCACCCCUGCUUCCCGCACCCCAACCCGCACGUCCCGCUCACCAGCGAGCUGUUCGAGACGACGCGCAUCGUCCGCAUCAAGCGCGACUGGAUGGUCAAGGGCGACCUGGCCCCGACCUUUGCCAACCUGUACCCGGAGAUCCUGGACCCGCUGAUACGCGAAGACGAUUUCCGCGACCUGCUCAAGAAGAUCAACGACUCGCUCGUCGCCGCCUUCGACCCCUUCACAUUCCGCGCCUGGCUCGACGCUGCCAUGGGCGUCGCCACCUUCUGGCUGUGGGAAGACGCCGGCAUGUGCGGCGUCAAGCGCCAGCUCAACGACCUCGAGGCCUGGAUCGACCGCUGGAACCGCGAAGUCGGCGCCAAGGAAGCCGUCUCCAUCAUCCCCCUGCGCCGCACCGGCUACCUCACCCUCGAUAUCCAGAUCCCAGACCCCCACCUCGGCCCCGACACAGGCACAGCCUCCCGUCCAGACACGGGCGAAGACGAGUUUGGCCACGCCCUGCGCGCGAAGAACGACGAGUAUGAACCGUAUAAUAUCCCCACCCCGACGUUGCAGGUUAACUCUAUGCCGCCGGCUAUCGGGAUGCACGUACAUUAGCAUUCUCUGGGGUUGUGGUACUCAACAAGAGUACUCAAGUACUCGGUGUGAGAAGGGGGCGUGCUGUGGAGUACUUUGCACCUCCUGUUUCUUUUAUACCUUACUGCAUCUCUGCGUCUCUGCGUCUCUGCAUCGUGGUUAGGUUAUGUCACGAUUAGAUUAGUUGUUUGCCUCGCGGCUUAUGUUCUUCCUGUAUAUGGUUUCUCUGCCUUUAAUUGUCUUUUGGGUUGUUUGGAUGGUUUGGUCGAUGGAGUGGUUUGACGGUUGGAGGGUUGCGUUGCUUGCGAGUCGAUACCCAGACACCCCUCGUGUUGAGCGUGGUGCUUUGCGUUGCAUAGUGUAGAUGUGGUGGUUUAAUACAUGGAGGUAGUUCA